GCGAGAACGAAGAUGCUAAGGAGUAUCGUCGCUGGAAAGCAUGGGUGCAAGCAAAGAUGCUUACACUUGACAAAAUGCCCAAGGAGGCUCGUGGAGCUUAUGUGUUCACCUUACUCUCUGGCAAGGCUUUGGAAUGUGUGGAACAUUUGGACCCCUCCAAAUACCAAGUUGAGGGUGGUGACAAGACGCUCUUCGACCUGCUGGACGCUCGGUUUCCUCAGAAGGAGAUGUCGGAUGAAAUGUCAGAGGCACUGACUGAGAUCUUUGGCCUUCGAGCACGAGAAGGUGAGACGCUCAAAGCCUGGAUCAGUCGUGCCACUGAACAAUUCGACAAGUGCGCCAGGAAAACAAAUGUUGUCUUCCCUGAGGAGGCUCGUGGUUGGUUGAUCCUCCACAGAAGUGGAUUGACCGAAGAGCAAAAGGCUGUGGUCAUGGCCCGCUCUCUGGGUGUGCUCAAGCGGGAAGAAAGUGGAAAGGCCAUGCGCUCGGUCUACCCUGAGUACGUGGUCAAGCGAAAGACAGUCCCCUCCGGAGCUGCAGUCGUGGAGAAUGAAUUUUCUGACUCCCUGCCUCUGGAAGAAGAUCAAGAUGAUUUCGCUGAUGUAGAACAAUUUCUUGCUGAGCUGCAACCCCAUGAAGGUGAAGACCCUGACCUUGAAGCCUAUGAAGAGGAAGAUGUCAAGGAAGCCCUUGCCAUCAGCUGGAAGGACAAGAGAAAUGAGUUGAACAAACUUCAAAAAGCCCGCCGUUUUGCCCAAGCAGGUGAUGUCCGCAGAUCCUUUCGAGUGGAAGUCGAGGAGUUGAAACGCAAGACAAAAUGUCAUCGCUGCGGUCAAGUCGGACAUUGGUCGAAAGAAUGUCGAGUUGGUCUUUCCAAGGGCAAGGGAAAGGGCAAGAACACCAAGGGAACUGAUCGAACCUCCGAAGCCGGUGCUGCAUAUGUUGCGGAAGAGCCUCAAGAGUUUUUCAUUGCAAUGGUACAAGAAUGCCACAAUGUCACCCUCAGCCGUUUGCGCGAGCGAGCAACAGUACAUCCUCAGUGCAACAAUCGCGCCAAUGAAUGUUUAUUGGUGUCCAGCCCUGGCUAUGGUGUGAUUGAUUCAGGUUGUGGCAAGACCAUUGUUGGUCGUGAUACAUUGCUGGAAUUUGAACAGUUGUGGCGAGAACACGAUGUUGUCGUGCCCACCGCUGAAUCGGAAGUGAAUCAUUUUCGUUUUGGGAAUGGACACAAAGAAGUGUCUACCCAGGUGGUGCCCAUGCCCGUGGAGAUUGCUGGCAAACAAGGAGUGAUUCGCGCUGCCGUAGUUCAGGGGAAAGCUCCCUUGUUGAUCUCAAGAUCUGCACUUCAGCGGCUGAACGCCGUUCUGGAUUUCCGGAGCGGCAAAAUGACUUUGUUCGAGGAUCAAAGCACAGUGCCUUUGGAGAUCAAUGCUGCAGGUCAAUUCAUGAUCAACGUGCUGAAGCAAUCUCCCGACAGCGUGCCUCGAGAACCAGAUUUCAAAGAAGUCAUGUCUGCCACGCAGUUUCAGGAGGAAGAAUCUCCGCUACCAUCAUCGUCCGAGAACAUGGGUGAUGAUGUCGUUGAGCCCGCUGCAUCUGCGCCUGAUUCUCAAGCUUCGGAUAGUUCAUCAGGAGAGCCGGUCGUGUGGUCUCGAUUCGACUCAGGGCUAACACUGACUCCAAUCACUGGCAAGAAUUCCCCCAUGUGGCAGACCGUUUUUCGUAGAGUGAUCCAGGAUCUCGACACUGGCUUAGUGAUUUUUGACCAAAAGAUCAAUCCACAGGAAGAUAAACGCGACUUGUUGAAUGAGCCUCUUCAUGUGGUGCCCGGUACUGCCGGUCUCACCGACGAUGCCGUUGCCCGUGCACAAGCAAUUCGCACGACAGCUCGACAGGUGAUCUCGUCUGCUAUUGGCGAGCUCAGAAGAUUGUAG